AUGGCUGGAUGGAGUAGGUUGGCACGUCGAAGUGCCGGUUUUAUAGGCGGUGUCGCCGUUGCAGCAGGUGUUAUUUAUAAAACCAAGUCGGAAAAAUUGCAUGAAAACGCUGUUUGGACUUCCAAUUUCGAACCAAGUGUAAAGUGGGACUACAACUGGGAUAAAUGUGAAGCAGCCAGCUUAGUGAGACCACCUAAGAGCAAUAAUUCCUCUGAUGAGAAAAAUGCAAAAGAUGCCAAAAAUGAACUGAAAAAACAUGCCCCAACAGCAACACGACAUCUACUGUUGAUUCGUCACGGUCAAUACAACACUGAUGGGGAAGAUGACAGCCAACGGUACCUCACAGAACUAGGGCGAAAGCAGGCUGAAUACACAGGUCAACGUCUGAAAGACUUGGGUCUGUCUUAUACCAUUCUCCUGUCAUCGACCAUGACACGAGCAAAGGAAACUGCUGAUAUUAUACAAAAGUUCUUCCCUGAUGUUCCACGUAAAGAAACGGACAUGCUUAGAGAAGGAGCACCAAUACCACCUGAACCACCCGUGGACCACUGGCGACCAGAAAAACAGCAAUUUCUUGAAGACGGUGCUAGAAUAGAGGGUGCUUACAAAAAUCUGUUUCAUCGAGCUGACGCCUCCCAGAAAACUGACAGCCAUGAAAUAGUGGUUUGUCAUGCUAAUGUUAUACGAUACUUUGCUUGCAGGGCUCUGCAAUUUCCUCCUGAAGCUUGGCUUCGUAUCAGUUUAAAUCAUGCUAGUAUUACGUGGAUAACAAUUCGGCCUUCUGGACGAGUGUCUAUACGUCACCUUGGUGAGUCUGGGUUCAUGCCAGCAGACAAAGUGUCUGUUGUAUGAUAAAAACACAAUAAUUUGACAUCAGGUUGGAGUAAGUGUGUAAAAGAAGAUGUGUAUGAUGUAAGGAUGAGUAAGCCAUGAUGAAGCUAUUGGUGGUUAAUAUCUCAAUGUGUUGAACACAAGUAUCAAUAGCCAUUAUCAUGGUAUUUAUUUCAGCGGAGUGAACAUCGAGACAAAUUGAGGUAUCUUCAGAGACAUUUGUGCUGUUUAAACAGAAACAUUGGUGUAUUUGUCAUUUCCAUCCAAAACGAAAUCAUGUUAAACAUUUUAAAAAUGUGAAAAAAUGAUGAAUAUCGGACAAUGGAUUUUAUAUAAAAGGACAAAAUCAGAGUUUGUCUGGGCCUUUACCAAUCACACGAUUUACAAAGUUAAUUUGACUUGCUAUAACUCUCAGCAAAAAAUUCUUUUGUUGCUAUAAUUUUUUCAUCACAGAAAACUUCAAUUAAAAGAGAGAAAAUAAUAUUGUGGAACUCUUCCUUGUCAUUGUAAGUGAUGUAGUGAUAUUACACCUAAAAAUUCUAAAUGGAAGGACAGUAGUUUAAUCAUUAUAUUCAUCUAAAUGUUCCAUAUGUAUUAUGGAAUCCUAUAGCUUUUUCAGUUUUAAAAAUAGUAAAAAAUUUGACCAAGAUAUGCAUGUAGCGGUGGAUAAUGUCAGGAUUUUGUUGAAAAGUAUUUGUAAUGUGCCUUCAGUUUAGGAAGUUAGCAAUAUAAAAUUUUGUGUUUGGUUUUGU